UCCGAUCACUCGAAGCAUACUUAAUCCCAGGCAUGGACGCACAUACACAACCAACAACAGAAAGGAAAAAGACUAGAAGAAAGAAAAUGGCGUCGUUAAGCGGCGACGAGAGUGAAAUUAUCGCUGCCGAGCCAGUCAGGCGAACCAGGUCCGGCCGUGCUGUGACCAAUUUAAUCGUUACCAAAAAAUCACCGGUCAAAAAAUUACUCGCUAGAGCUACUCGCUCCCACAAGAAGGCCCGCGAGGGCGAGGAUUACUUGCAACCGGAACCUGAGGAGGAGGUUUAUCUUGGCGAGGAGGAGAAUUUGGAAGAAACUGAGGAUGCCUCGGAGAAUGGUCUGCUCCAACAGACACUGGAGAGUUCCAUCAGCGAGCAAACUGUCGAAGAAGAAGGUACGACCUUUCACCUCGAACUUGAAGACUCGCAGGAUAUAGUUUUGGUUCAAGACACGGAUAUCUUACAUCAGGAUCAAAAUCCAGAUACAGAAAUCAGAAUUGUGUACCGAGACAGAGAUGUCGAGGAGGAAGUUCCUGAGCUUGAGGCUCCGCCGCCACCCCUCGUCACCAAAGUUACACCCUCAGGCUCCAUUGUUUCCACGCUGAAAGUAAAGGAAACAAUUCAGCUUAUAGACACGGAAAUGUCUGAGAACAGUAUGGAGCCUGCAGAGCUUGAUGCUGAGGAGGAAGUGGAGUCCGAAGAAGUGAUGGAGACCAUCGUAGAAGAAAAUGACGAGGUGAUGGAUGACUUCCACCAUGUUCUUAAUCAGGGAGAAGAGGCGGAGGAGAUCGUAGAGAUGGAGCCAUUGGAAAAUGGGACACAAAAUUCGUUUGUGCAUGAAAGUCUGACAGGCUUUCAAAUGGAUGUCGAAUCUUUGAAAACCUCAUCCGUUGAUCACAGCAUGCUCACUACAGACAGCAUAGAAGCUGACACAAAGAGGCCAGAAAGCUCGGAUGAAAAUCCAGAUGAAAAAGAAGAGAAAGCUGAACCUGAUACAGAGGCCGUUUCUGAAGAUGAACUUCCAACUGAAGCUGCCGCUAAGGAACCCGAAACAGAGGCAGUUUCAGAUGAAGAGUUGCCUGCCGCAGCACCUGCAGAUCUUGGAGAGACGGAAUCUGUUUCCGAGGAUGAACUCCCACCGGAUGGUGACAAGAAAAAGAAAGCCGGAGCUAAAGCACUUAGCAAAGCUGCAGCAGACAGUGCGAAGACAAAGCCUGAGGGAGGUGCAGGUAAACGUAAAUUAAACGCUGAAGGAGAGUACGACCCAAGUUCUCCGACAUCUGAAAACAAUGACGAAACACCUGCCAAAAAAGUUGCAAUUACCUCGGGAGUUGAAGGGGCUGAAAACAAGCCAGAGGCGAAGCCAGCAUCUCCGAAAAAAAAAGCACUCCCAGAGCUUGACAAGUAUUGGAAAGCUGUAAACGAAGAUCCCUCUGAUUUCACUGGUUGGACUUAUCUUCUUCAAUAUGUGGACCAAGAGAAUGACGCAGAAGCUGCACGAGAGGCGUAUACGAAAUUCUUGGAGCGUUAUCCAUACUGUUACGGAUACUGGAGGAAGUUCGCGGAUUACGAAAAGAAGAAAGGAAACCCGGAGAAUUGUCAAACGGUUUUUGACCAAGGAUUGAAAGCGAUAUCGCUCAGUGUCGAUCUAUGGCUGCACUACAUCAAUCAUUGCAAAACAGUUUAUGAAAACGAUGAAGAAAAACUUCGGGAACAAUAUGAGAGAGCCAUAGAGGCCUGCGGACUGGAAUUCAGAUCUGACCGUCUCUGGGAGAGUUACAUCAAAUGGGAGUUGGAGGCAAAGCGUCUAAGUCGAGUGACCGCUCUGUACGAUCGCCUGUUGUCAACGCCUACGUUGUGCUACCUGUCGCACUUUGAGGCCUUUCAGGAAUUCGUCUCGUCGAAUCUUCCCAACAAAAUCUUGAACGUCGACGACUUUCUUACCCUACGUGCCGAGGUUAAGGCUCUUCUCAAAUCGGAUGAGGCUACCACCGCAACAGCUUCGGUAGCGGACGAUGCACCGCCUGGAGAAGAACCAUCGCCACACGAGGUCCCUCCCACUGACGAGGAGACCCGGGCUAUCAGAGAGAAAAUCAUUAGCACCAGGCGAAAAAUGCACAAGGCCAACGUCAACGCUGUCGCUGCAAGAUGGUCGUACGAGGAAGGGAUCAAGAGACCUUAUUUCCACGUUAAGCCCCUCGAGCGGUGUCAACUGAAGAACUGGAAGGAGUAUCUAGACUUCGAGAUCGAGCAAAAAGAUCCGGCUAGAAUCAUCAUACUUUUCGAGCGCUGUUUGAUCGCCUGCGCUCUGUAUGAUGAAUUCUGGAUGCGAUUUGUACGUUAUUUGGAGACUCAAAAGAGCGAGAACGCUGAGAAGAUAAGAGACGUGUAUUCACGCGCGUGCAUAGUUCACCACCCGAAAAAACCUAACUUGCAUUUACAAUGGGCGACGUUUGAGGAGGGUCAGGGAAACUUUGAAAAAGCAUCGGAAAUACUGGAGAAAAUUGACGCGGCAUUGCCUAAUAUGCUGCAGAUCGCGUACCGUCGUGUAAAUCUCGAGCGCCGAAGAGGGGAUUUGGACAAGGCCUGUGCCCUGUACGAGAAUUACAUAAGCAACAGCAAAAAUCGCACGAUAGCCAACAAUGUGGCUGUCAAAUACGCGAGGUUUUUGUGCAAGGUCAAGAACGAUAUUGAUAAAGCCGUAAAAGUACUCCUCAAGGCGACCGACAAGGACAAGGACAACCCGCGACUUUAUCUACAACUGAUCGACCUCGGCCUGCAGCGGAGCCCGGUCGACACCUCGGAGGUCGUCGGGUACAUGGACAUGUUCAUAGAGCGCGAGCAUGCCGACCUCGAGCAGCGAGUACUAUUUGCGCAAAGAAAGGUCGAGUUCCUUGAAGACUUCAGCCCGGACAUACGCCAAGUACUUAAGGCGCACGAGCAGUUCCAGAAGUGCAUAAAACAAGCCAAAGAAAGAAAGAAGGCGAAGAACGAGGACAGCAAGAGCGAGACGUCACCGCCAAAGAAAGUCAAGCCUGGCGACCAAUCCAGCAUUCCACCGCCGCCUUCGGUCGGCUCGCAGUCUUCUUACCAGUACGGAAGCGGACCGAGCGGCCCGUAUCAGUCCCAGCAGCCUUUCCAGGGUGGACAGUACAGCGGGCAGGGUAGUUACCAGCAAGGAUAUCAGCAGUACCCGCCACCGUCGGAUCCGAAUUACGCGAAUUAUCAAAACUGGCAGUACGGUCAGGGCGGACCUCAGGCUUACGGCCCCUACAAUCAGUGGGGAUCGUACAAUUACUACUAAGCACAGUCGCGAAAGAGGUGAUCUUUGUACAUUCUUUUCAAUAGUCUAGCUGUUACUGCUGCUGCUGGUGGUGAUCAACGCGCGUUGCGAGUCUCGUUCAAGGGGCAUUUGCCUUCUGAAAUAAGUAUUUUUUCUUUUUCUUUUUUUUUUUUUUUUAUCCUGUUGUUAAAAUUAAUUUUUAUUUUGUUCAAAAGUGAGCGAAAUCAAUCACGUCUCUCAAGCCAAAAUUUUCGUCGUACAUAUGCAGUGGACAUUAAGACUUUCGGGAUUGAAAUAGAGACGAGAAGAGGUAAGAUAAGAUAAGAUAAGAAACGAUGCGUAUCUGAUUAUGUGAAAAAAUAAAUUACUCAUUGAUUCCUUUUGUCGCUAGAGGGAAAAAAACUUUCCUUUUCUAAAGGAAUUUUGUUUAAAUUAUUCACACGCCGAUAAUGCGAAUUGCGCGUCGUUCGCCCCUUGAACUAAUCUGUCGGUGUAUUAAUAUUAUUUCCAACCAGCCUAGACCCACGGACACUUACACACGCAUAUUCAAUCACACGCAAUCUUCACUACUGUUGAACCGCGAACGCGAUAAGUAAAACUAAGAAAACAGGUUCUCAUGUUAUAUUAAUAUGCAUAAGGUAAGAGAUAAGACAAGGCAGAGGGCAAAAGAAAGAAAACAAAUAAGAAACGAAAUACAAAAAUCCACGUUUCACAUGCACGUUCGUUUACUAUUAGAUCACAAUGGGAUUUUCCUUCGACAUAGAAACGUGUUUUAUAAUAUUACUCUUAUGACCUUAAAAUAAGUGAGUCUGAACAAUAAUUUGAAAAACCAAAUACAAAAAAGAAACAACAAAUUACAGUAUAAACUCACAAUUAUCGUUCAAGUUUGACGAAAAUAAUCGAAUAAAAAGCAAAAUAAAUUAAAUAAUUACGUUAAUAUACAUUCGUAAUAGUAAUAAAUGUUAAUAAAUUUUUAUCGAACUCGUGACGAAUCGUUUUACUUGGCGAUGGUUGGUUAUUAGCUGUGUGAAUUAUAUGAAAAUGAGGAGAAUGCGAAAAAUAAACGAAAAAAAAAUAUAUACAUAUGAACGUAGAUAUCCAUUUUUUUUUCAAUCCAGUUUAAAAAGAAAAUAAUAUUUGAUAUUAACCUUGUUCGUACAAUCGCAACAUUCAUUUUUCGUCAAAUUGAUUCACUUACUAAUAUUCGAUAGUCCUGAAAAUGAAAAUGCAGGAAAAGAAUGUUUCAUUUUGUUCCCUGGUCACAUUCUUAUAUUAAUUUGUCACACAGUUAUUUAUCUUUCUCUAUUUCGCAAUCCGAUUGGCAAAAGUCAUGUAGAGAAGGGAUAGUGAACAGAUAAAGACCGUGAAACAAACAUAAACAUUUGACUCGCUUGGUAUUGAUAAUAGAGUAAUGAUAAUGAUAAUGAGAACAACGAAAAUAAGUCAACAAUUGUUUAAUCGUUAUUAUUAUUAAUGCUUUAUUGAUAAUAAUUAUUAUUACACGUAUGCUACUUGAAAAAAUAUCACAAUUAUUAUUGGAUACUUGAAACAGAAAAGCGGAGCUGAAAUAAACAAACAACACCCACCCAAGUAUCGGGUGAGUGUGCGUAUAAUCAAUCCUUAGCAGUUUAUUUUUCAAAUGAUUGAAAUCUAGGUCGAUAUAAAAUUUCUUAUCAAGAUGAACACGUCUAAUUGCAAAUUCUCUUACAUUUCCUACUUAUGGAAUUAUCAAUUUUUCAUUUCAUGCAAAUUGUUCAUAUUGUUUACGACACACGUUCGAAUUAUUUGAGAUUUAGUACAACGUAAAGAAUAGAGAGGGAGAGAAAGAAAAGAAUAGAAAGUACAUUUCAAUAGUAUAAUAUUAAAGUAGUUUUUUAAUGUCAUGGAAAAUUGUGAGUUUUUUCUUUUUUACUUUUUUUUCUGUCAUUUUGCUCGCAACACGUUAAUAUUAUUUAUUAAUAUUAUCUUGAAAACUUAUACAGAAUUGUUAGAUUUUUUUUUUUUUUUUUUAUGUUUUUUUUUUCUAACUCGAGAGAUUAAUAGCUGUAAAGAUCUACACAAAGGGCGCAAAAAUAAAAAGUAAGGAAAACAUUAUUGUUACAACGCCUAGUUUAGCAAAUCUAUUCGCCCGUUGUUUUAUUAUUAAACAAUAAGGUUUUGAACCCAGUUUUGUAAAUGCGAAUGAACUUCUUAUUCGAAACUUCACAGAUUUUUCUAGCUUCCAAUAGGCGUAAUUAUUAUAAUAACGUAUAUCAAAGUAUAAAACGUCAAA